CGCCGCUCCUCUCCCGGCUCCGUGGGCGGAGAGCGGCGGUUUCCCUCGGGCUGUGCGGCGGGGGCGGGCGCGGCCAUAAAGAGGCGGCGGCGGCGGCGUUUCGGAGCGCUGCGCUCCGUCUGGCAUGAUGCGCGCCACCCGCUGCCUGGUUCUGGCCGUAGCCGUGGCGCUGCUCUGCCGCCCCGCCGCAUCCUGGUACCGGCAGGCGGCCGCGCCCCUCUCCUACCCGGUGGGCAGAGCCUCGGGACUGCUUUCCGGUCUCCACCGCUUGCCCUACAGCCGCCGCUCCGACAGCGAAGUUGCUGCCCAGCGCCGCCCCGCAGCGCUCCAUGUCGGACUCGCUGCUCCGCUCCGCACCAUGGUGCCGUGUGUGACAGAUGUGAACCCCAAGCUACGGAGCUGCCGGCUGCUGCCGGGGGUCCCCGGUGCUCUCCAGUGCAGAGCAGCUGUGACUGUGUCCUUGGUCUCCACGGAGUGUGCAGGCGUCUGAGGCAGCACUGUGGCUCUACAGUAACAAUAAAUGCGCAUGGAAUGGA